AACGUUUCAACCAAUUCCUAUUCUUUUUGUGCUUUGUGUUUAAGGAUUUAAGGAUCAAUGUAUCUGCAUUCACACAUUCUUUAAGCCUCUCUCCAUACAUCCUGAACCCUUUUGCUGCUCCCUCCACUUUUAGUUGUUAAAUUCAAAAACCCAUUUGUGUUUCGAAUCCAAAAUGGCAAAAAGUUUAGAUCUUUCUCUGAUUCUCUUUGUUCUGUAUGUGUCCACCGCAGCGGUAGCCAUGGCCACAAACCUUGAAGAGGAAUCAAGUGGUGAUACAGAGUUCGUGAAAGCUUCUUGUGAGACAACAACGUACCCGGACCAAUGCUUCCAGUCUCUGUCUUCAUAUGCAAGCGAGAUCAAGAAGCGGCCUCGUCAGCUCGCCGAGACAGCGCUUGCCGUUAUCACGGCUCGAGCAAAGUCAGCUAAAACUUAUGUCUCGGACAUGACUGACUAUAAAGGAAUCACAAAGAGGCAGCACGAGGCUGUAUUGGACUGUGUAGAAGAGAUGGGAGAUACUGUUGACAGGUUGAGCAAGUCGCUGAAGGAACUGAAGCAUCUGGAGGAAGGCGAAAGCGGAGAAGACUUCUGGUUCUGUUUGAGCAAUGUACGGACAUGGACAAGUGCGGCUCUGACAGAUGAGACCACGUGUCUUGAUGGGUUUGGAGGGAAAGCCAUGGAUGGAGAGCUGAAAAGCUUAAUCAGAGCACACAUUGUGCGUGUGGCGCAAGAUACGAGCAAUGCCCUGGCUCUUAUCAAUGUCUUUGCUUCCAAGCAUUGAAAACAUUGCCAAAGGUUUGGUCUUAGGAACAGAGUUUUUCUCUUGGAUUUGGUUUCUAUUGCGAUUUGAAAAAUUGUGCUUUCGUUUGGUUUCGAGUCUUGUCAGUUACUCUUGCCAUGUUGUUGUAUUAUUAUCUACGGUCUACAUAGUUGAAGGUGUUGAUUUUGAUUUUAUCUGAUUAUAGAUUUUGUUUUCCAUGUGAAGUUAUUUGAAAUCCCCUCUUUUAAACGUCUCAAGUCAUUCUUUCAUGUUCAUUCAUCUGAGAUAGUGAUGGCAGUAGAGCUGAAUGUUCGAUGGGCCUGAAGGGGGACUUAUGGAU